GCUUAGAGCUACAAACAGUGACGUCGUGGGGUGGGGGAAGAGGAAAGAGGAGGGAUGAUCUCAAAACAAACAGCUGCUGCAGCUGUAGAGAGAAAAAAGGAGAAAGAUCAGGAGCGGCAGCAGCCGUCGACCCCUGUAACAGCUUCACCAUGAACACCUACCUCUUUCUGUACGAGUUAAUGCAAUUCUGUGGACAUUCCUGGAUAUUUACAAAUAUGAUCAUCAGGUUCAUGUCAUUUGGAAAAGAUUCGUUGGCUGACACAUUUUACUCCAUAGGACUUGUCAUGCGCCUUUGCCAAUUGUUAUCUAUAUUGGAGAUCCUACACAUCCUCAUUGGCAUUGAUAAAAGCCGUCUCUUCCCCAGGUUUUUGCAGAUCACUGAGAGAAUAAUUGUUUUAUUUGUUGUGAUCAACAGUCAGGAAGAAGUUCAAGGGAAAUAUGUCGUGUGUGUUUUAUUUUUCCUUUGGAAUUUAUUAGAUGUGGUCAGGUACACUUACAACAUGCUAGCAAGGACGGGAAUAUACUACCUACCACUGACAUGGCUCAACUUCUCACUAUGCAUCCCACUCUAUCCCCUUUCAGUUCUGGCUAAAGCGUUUGCAAUCUGUGUAUCACUGCCUUAUUUUGAAUCCUUUGGCACAUACUCCGUCAAGCUACCAUUUCCAUUCGCCUUCUCAAUCUACUUCCCCUAUGUUCUGAAAAUGUACCUGCUAGUGCUGUUUGUAGGUAUGUGCUUUAUCACCCAGAACCUCUUCUCUGAAAGGAAGGCACACCUAGCGAAAGGCAACAUCAAAAAGAAAAGAAGCUAAAUUGAUAUUUUGUUUGGAAAUAAGAAAUGUAUUCCCAGUGGGCUGCUGCAUAUCAUAGGUUAAAAAGAAAUUAGACAAAGUUUUUCAAUGCAAAACUCCUGUUUGCAUGUACAUCAUCUGGCUGUGUAGGAUUUUCAGAAAAGGCAAGUCUCUUCAAUGCAUCUCAAAAAUGGAGCAGCUCAAAAUAACUAGUUACUUUUGAAAGCUUUGACCUCAAAUGGCAGGAGUUUUAAAAAUGACUAUUUUUUUAAACAUGUAUUAGAGAACUCUGAAAAAACCUGAAGAGUGCCUCCACUUGCAAUCACACUAACAACCCUUAUUUUGGUGUUAUUUCUUGCCUCAUUAGCAACAGAUAUUCUGUAAUGACAAUGCCAUUUAAUCUGUAAGAGUAUUUUAUUUUAGGCCAACACGUACGUGCCUCAUAUAUAUAAGUGCUAAAUUGGCCAGAAUUUGAAUCUCUAAAGGAACAGAAGCUGGAAACUUUGCAACCUAUGAGAUUCACAUGCUGAUUAGUCCCAGGCAUUCACAAAGGAUCCCUCAUGUUCUGGCGCAACUUUCACUUCUCCAAACAAGAUUCCAGAAAAUGCAGCUAAACCACAAAGGCAAGCUAUCAGGUACUCACUCAUAUUCAAGGGGAUAUUUAAGGCUCAGAAGUAAAAGCUUAUAAUUAUGUGUCUGGCAGACACUAAGAAUCUCUUGCCCUGCAACAAUUUUCUUCCAAGCUGAACAGCAAGACAGAUAUGCAACAGAAGUGUGAUAUAGUCAGGCCAAAUAUACGUUGUUCUUUAAAGGGACAUGAAUGACUACCAAAACCCAUGUGCAAAGUUCUAGCCAUUUUAUUCAAGUGUGCUGCUCCUCAUACUUCUGUAGGACUAUCUGUGAAAAUGCAACUAGAACAUAGUCUCUUCAAGGGUUGGGAAUGAAGAAUACAGACAGCAACCCAGUGGACUGUAUGGGCAAAAAUGGACAAAUAACUGCUUACAGGCUGGAGGGGGCUUUUCUAAUGUUUCAUCCACAUCGAUUAUCACCUACAUUUGAAUUCAAGCAGGUGAGGGAGAAAAGUGAGGUUAUUUUUUUGAGCGUGACUGAAAACUGGGGGGAGAGAGGGAAGAUAAUAGUUGGAGGGAAGAUAGUAUUUAAAUGGAAUGUGAACACUAUCACAAUAGGAAGAGGCUUUAGGCUGCAUGACUUUCUAAACCAUGCAGCCUAAAGUGGGUAUAGAAGGAAAGAGAGAAGCUGGCCUCGAUGAACUCAGUUGUUACAGAAGGUCACCUACUAGAAUUUUUAUUUAAUAUACGUGGCAGACAAUGCCUGCAGUAGUACAGGGUCAGCCUGGCUUUUUUUUUUUUUUUUUUUUUUGGAAAGUGCUGCAAACAGAGGUAGGAAUUUGGAACUUAGUAGAGAAACAGAAGUACCUCCACUUUGGACUUCUGUCUGACCCAAACCAUGUUGUGGACAACAUGAAGAAAUGUAUAGAGCAGCUGAAUAGGCUGAAAGCUUUGAGGAAGAGAGCCAGAAUAAGAACAUUUCACAUCAAGCCACUAUAUAACAUGCUGAAAGUGAAACAUGGACAUUUUUCUCCUUGGAAAGUCAAUCUAAUGUGUUUGUCAUCAAACUGCCUGGAGUUAACAUAACCUGUAAGAGGAAACAUGACAUAUGAUAUUGUAUUGGGUCUACCUGGCAAGGCUUUGGGCAGUGGGGAAGCUGCAGGGAUGGCCUCUGUGAGAAGCCAGUGGCUUCUCCCAUGCCAGACACAGAUAGUUCCAGCCAGCUCUGAAACAGAGCCACUGCAGGACACGCAAAGCUGACAGCACCUCUGUGAAAAUAUAUUUAAGAAAAGGUAAAAAACGCUAUGCAGCAGCUGGAGAGACAAGAAUAAGAAAAUGU